AUGCCAUGGGAGAGGAUCUCUCAAUCGGUGAAAGAUGAGAUUACCGCCUACGACAUCACUGAAAGGCGCCGUGCUCUAUACAACCGAUGUCAUGAGGGCAUGGUGACCCUAGAUGCCAGCACUGAUAUCAGUAUAUCUGAUAUCAUGCAACCCUCCCAUGCCGUUCACGGACUGUAUCAAUUCCCAUACAUAUCACAUCAAGCAGGCACAGAGUGUGAGGUGACUAUGCAGACCCAUGGUGACAUUUUCAAAGAAGAGGCACCUCUGGAAUCACAAGAGAGAGGAGCUUUAUUGGAUGACUCGGGCUGGAUCGAAAAAAAAUCUCAAAUGUUCAUGGAUAAUGAUAGGGCAAUUUUGUUUGAAAAUAACUGGGAUGAAGGAAUGCUCACCAUUGAUCCAAAUUUGGUGUCUAUAGGCUCGAACGUCUAG